UGACCACGGACUCCAUGUCCGGCCAUGCAAGCACCUUACCAAGCUAUCGCACCUAUAGCACUCGCUAGCUUCGCCGAGCCAGUCACCGCAGUCUCAUUUGACCUCGCCUCCGACACCCUCUGGGCGGGCACGAACUCGGGCUACAUCAAUGCAUUUCACGGCACACAGGGCGCGCGCGGCGUCUGUUUCGCGGUUGGCGGCAACCUCGCGGUUAAGAAGAUCGUUGCAGGGGAUAGUGCCGUGCGCGCGUUUGGCGCGGGGAGCAACGGCAUUGGCAGUUGGAGCAAGGGUGGCGUGAACAAGUGGUUCCAUCGAUGGAAGCCCCCAACGAAUGUCACGGCAUUCACUAGCACCUCCUACUCUUCUCAUACCCUCGCGGUCGCUGCAACGGUCCCGGAGAUCGCGCUGCUGAAUGCGGCGACAGGCAGCGUCGUGCGCACGAGCCCUGCCGCGACAGUGAUAACCCAGAUGGACUUUAGCCCAUCUCUCCUACUCGCAGGAUGCAUGGAUGGGUACCUCAGGGCGUACGAUCCGCGCACGGCGCUCACCCCGAACAGCGGGCCUAGUGCAAUUCGCGCGCACUCAAACAGUGUGCAGGGCGUGCAAGUGUCGGGGAACGAGGUCUUCACGAUCGGCAUUAGUAUGAGACAGAAUCGCCCGAUCCCUGAUCAGCUUGUCAAGGUGUUCGAUCUACGCCAACUUGCGACACCAGCGACCACGAUUCUGUUCAAUAGUGGACCAUCCUUCAUCUCCGCUAUUCCCAAACGCCCGUCAUGUGUAGCCAUUGCGUCCGCUUCCGGUCUUGUCAACAUCGUAGACGCGACGAAGCCUGCUGCAUCAAGUAACGAGUUCUAUCAGCUCGAUACUUCCUCCUACAUCACUUCGAUGGCUGUGUCGCCAACGGGAACCUACAUGGCUUUCGGUGACGCGGACGGAAUGAUCAACCUUCUAUCCCAGGCUGACGAGUCGGCCGUCGUGCCCUUCAACGGAUUUGAUGGCAAGCCUGUUGAGUGGGCAGACACAGUGCCGCCCCUACCUGACAUCGAGUGGGAUGAGCACACACCUUUGAACUCCAUCGGAUUGCCUUAUUACGAAGAACCUCUGCUUUCUGCGUGGAGCCCUCGCAGGAGCACGAACUUCUACCCACCACCCAUGAAAAUACCGCCGCAAAUUCUCAGCGCCCUGAAAUUCAACGACAAUGUCGGCUACGCACCGUUGCCUAAAGAGCUGAAGGGCCGCCGUAACAUGACACUGACUACCGCACGUCGGACGAACGGUCGGUUCAGAAGUGGGAAGGCAAGGGGGCAGGAUGCUGGAAUCGACCUUGAUGAUACAGCGGACGAGGUUCCACGAAUAUACCGUCGCGUCGAGAUCGAGUACUCCAAAUUCGGUGUGGAAGACUUUGACUUUGGCUUCUACAACAAGACCGAAUAUAGCGGCCUGGAAACACAUAUUCUCAACUCGUAUACGAACUCCUUGGUCCAAGUGCUGCACUACUGUAUGCCGAUACGGCGGAUAGCUAAGUCGCACAUCACGACGAACUGUCCGCGGGAGCACUGCCUUUUGUGCGAGCUCGGCUUUGUUGUUCGCAUGCUGGAAGAUGCACGAGGCACGAAUUGCCAGGCGAGCAAUUUCUGCCGAACUGCUCGCGUACUGGCGCAAGCUACAAAUGCGAUUGAGCUGGUCGACUAUGGCCGGGAGCCUGCCAAUGUGGACUACGCCUCGAUGAUCCAGACCUUCAACCGCUUCCUCGUCGACAGCAUGAGCUCCGAGGGGAAUGCUUUCCCGCAGAACCCGGUCCUCCUUCCCUCUUUACGACCUGCAGACGCGCAUUCCCCAGCGGCGGCUCCCGUUACGCAGCUUAUGGGCCUCGACGCGAAGACGCUGGUCAUCUGCCGCACCUGCAACGCCGUCCGGGAGAAGGAAUCCAUGACGCACGUCGUUGACCUAACCUACCCGCGCAGGUCCCCCAACGACACCUCCACGCCGGACUUUGCUUCACUCGUGCGCGGCGCGCUGUUGCGCGAGCUCACACACAAGGCGACGUGCCAGAGCUGCAAGCGCUUCUCAACGUUCACCUCGCGGCGCACGAUCCCCUCGCGGGAACUUCCACCGCUGUUGGCCGUCAACACCGCGGUGCACGACGAGGAGACCUUAAGGCCGUGGUUGGAUGUAAGGCGGCAGCGGUUCUUGACGCCUCAGGUCGAGCUGCGCGGGGAUAUCAAUGGGGUGGACGACCAGGAGACGGCCCUGUAUGAGAUCAGGUCAAUGGUUGUGCAGAUUGUGGGCAAGGACCGCAAGCCGCAUUUGGUUGCGAUCGUCAAGAUCCCUGAGGCGGAGAAGAGGACUGAUCUAAAGAGCCCAUGGUUCGUUUUCAACGACUUCGUUGUGGAGAACAUCACAGAGGCGGAGGCGUUAAGCUUUCCCGCGCCCUGGAAGGUCCCUGCCAUCGUCUACCUCGAGCGCGUCGAUGUCCGAGAAUCCCUAGACUACAGCGGCCUCCCGGACGUGAUGGAUCCCGCUAUCCUCUGCAAAGAUAGCAAUAUCGCGGUUAAACGCGACAAAUCGCGCAUCAAGCACGAGCUCCUCCGCCCCGACGAGCUGCCCACGCCCGGCACCAUGGUCGCCAUCGACGCCGAGUUCGUCUCCAUGCAGCAAGAGGAAACAGAGUUCCGCUCCGACGGCACGAAGCGCGUUAUUCGUCCCGCGCGGCUGAGUUUGGCGAGGGUGUCGGUGUUGAGGGGCGAUGGACCGAAGCAGGGGGUGCCGUUUAUUGACGACCAUAUCCAUACGAGUGAGGUGAUUGUGGAUUAUCUGACGGAGUUUAGUGGGAUUAAGUUUGGCGACCUGGACCCGGUGCAUUCGCCGUAUACGCUAACGCCGCUGAAGCUGGUGUACAAGAAGUUGCGCCUGCUGGUGGAUCGGGGGUGUAUCUUCAUCGGGCAUGGACUGUCGAAGGACUUCCGGAUUAUCAACAUCUUCGUCCCUCCGGACCAAGUCCUCGACACCGUCGACCUCUACUUCGUCCGCGCGCGCCAGCGGCGCCUCUCCCUCCGCUUCCUCGCCUGGUUCGUCCUCGGCGAGCAAAUCCAGACGGACACGCACGAUUCGAUCGAGGAUGCGCGGAGCGCGUUGAAUUUGUACAAGGCGUAUCAGCGGAUGGAGGAGGAGGGGACGUUUGAUCGGAAGUUGGAGGAGCUGUAUCGGGAGGGGAAGCAGUAUAACUUCAAACCCCCGGUUCCCGCUGCGCCGCAAGCCCCCUCGACGCCGACGAAUGGCGCUUCCGCUGCUGCUGCGUCGUUGUUCGGCAGUCCCAUGGGCACAUCGCUGGGACAGCUGACGCCGGUGCAGCUCAAUCAGUUGGUGGCGGCGUUCAGUGGGCAGAUGUUGGGUGGUGGGUAUCCUGGUGGGCAAGGUGGGCAGGUGUACCCUGCGAGUCCGGGGAAUCCGGGCUCAGGGUACAGGAGUACAACGCCGACGUAUGGUGGAACGCCAGGCUCAGGGUACAGGACGCCGCCUGCAUCGGGCUUCAACACUGCGCCAAGCUCGACGUUCACUACGCCGUCAUCGACGUUCAACACCACGCCAUCGUCCACAUUCACCACCCCGUCAUCUACGUUCACCACACCGUCGUUCAACGCCACGCCAUCGUCCAGGUCGGGCUAUACCACGCCUACGUCGACGUUCAACCCCGAUGCACCACUGACUGGGACGCCGCCGCCGUUUAACCCCCAGCAGGCGUUCUAUCCGAGUCCGGAUCGUAAUUGGCGGCAUAGGUAGUGAUUGGCGGCAUAGGUAGUGAUUGGUGGCGAAGUGGGUAGAGGUUGGCGGCACAGAGGCCGAGACGAUGUAUUUCUUGACUCUUUGCUGUAGCCGUAGUGAUUCCUUUCUGUGUGUUGUAUGUAGACUGACCUGAUUCAUUGCUCUGUGAUUGCACCGCGACCCGGUCGGUGAAUGGUUGGCCUUUGAGGGGAUGUAAGCGUAUGCUU